UGGUUCUCGCCAUCGAGGUGAAAUACCGACCGCUAUACUCAGCCGUACAGACAGAGCUGGUGCAUAGGCUUAUAAAACGAUGGUCAAAUGCGCCUCAGGAAUACACAUGAAAAGGUGAACGUGCUUUGUCAACGGACAGAAGUGUUUUUGCUACAGAAGCUUAAAUAGAUCCCGCAACUCCCUCUAGUUUGGGACGUGGUAUGUGACAGUAGUCCCAGGUAACACUACAACCAUAGAGAGAAAGCAUCAUGAAGGUGACAUUCUUGCUCAUCAUCUGCUCGUGCCUGGCCUGGGGAGGCCUGGGGAAGCCUCAGUUUCCUGACCAAGAGAAAGAUCCCCUGUUCUGGAACACAUGGGCCCAGCGUACUUUGAAGAAUGCCCUCACACUUCAGAAGCUCAACCAAAACACUGCAAAGAACCUCAUCCUCUUCCUUGGUGAUGGAAUGGGAAUUCCCACAGUGACUGCAGCACGAAUACUGAAGGGGCAGCUGAGCGGACAGAGUGGAGAGGAGACCCAGCUGGAGAUGGACAAGUUCCCCUUUGUGGCGCUUUCCAAGACGUAUAACACCAAUGCCCAGGUAGCAGACAGCGCGGGCACGGCCACGGCAUACCUCUGCGGGGUGAAGGCCAACGAGGGCACCGUGGGCGUGAGUGCAGCUGCUGUCCGUUCCCAGUGCAACACCACACAGGGCAAUGAGGUCACCUCCAUCCUCAGAUGGGCCAAGGAAGCAGGCAAGUCAGUGGGAAUAGUCACAACAACGCGUGUGAACCAUGCCACCCCCAGCGCGGCCUACGCCCACUGUGUGGACAGGGACUGGUUCUCCGAUGGAGAGAUGCCCGCUGAGGCAGUACAGGCGGGCUGCAAGGACAUCGCCAGGCAGCUCUUUGAGAAUAUUCCCAACAUCGAUGUGAUUAUGGGAGGAGGGAGGAAGUACAUGUUCCCCAAAAACCAGUCAGAUGUGGAGUAUCCUGGAGAGAAGAAACAUUUUGGUACCCGUAAAGAUGGAAGGAACUUGGUGGAGGAGUGGACUAACAGAAUGAAAAACAAGAAAGCCCAGUAUAUAUGGAACAAGAAAGAACUUCAAUCGCUAAAUCCUAAUAAUGUGGAUUACAUUUUGGGUCUGUUUGAGCCGGGAGAUCUGCCCUACGACCUGGAGAGAAACGCUGAGACAGAUCCUUCCCUGACAGAGAUGGUGGAGGUGGCCAUCAAGAUCCUGAGGAAAAACCCCAGGGGAUUCUACCUGCUGGUGGAGGGGGGGCGCAUCGACCACGGGCAUCACGAGGGCAAAGCCAAGCAGGCCCUACAUGAGGCAGUGGAGAUGGACAGGGCCAUCGGCCGCGCCGGCCUCAUGACCAGCAUCUAUGACACAAUGACUGUCGUCACUGCUGACCACUCUCACAUGUUCAACUUCGGAGGCUACACGCCAAGGGGGAACACCAUCUUUGGACUGGCUCCCAUGUUGAGUGAUGUGGACCAGCAGCCCUUUACCGCCAUCUUAUAUGGGAACGGACCAGGGUUCAAAGUAGUCAACGGUCUGAGAGAGAACGUCUCCACCCUUGACUAUCAGGGAAAUAACUACCAGGCCCAGUCUGCAGUGCCGCUGCGUAUGGAGACUCAUGGAGGAGAGGAUGUGGCUGUGUUUUCUAAGGGCCCGAUGGCUCAUCUGCUGCACGGUGUCCAUGAACAGAACUACAUUCCCCAUGUCAUGGCCUAUGCUGCCUGCAUCGGCCAGAACAGAGACCACUGCAUGUCAUCCAGUGGAGCCUCUAGUCUCAGCCCUGCUCUGCCCAGCCUGGCAGCUCUCCUCACACUCACCCGCCUCCUCUGCUGACCUUUCACCCCAAUCCCCCUCCUGCACCCCACAGGCCCCUCCUCUCCUUAUACGUGUAAUACUCCCACACCCUUUUUCCUGUUGUAAUGUGGAUUUUCUUUUUGUGGAUUUUCUAUUGUUGAUUUAAAAAAUAUUAAUGUCCAAUUGAAUGACUUUGGGACCACUGUAAGGGCAUUUAAAGAUGAGUGUUUUGAGCGUUGGUGACGUUCAACCAGAUUCAGUUUUAGGGAAAAUAGGAGGAUAUCACUUUCACUCUACUGUAACGUAUAGGAUAGGUUGUGUUACUCUACUUUGGCAUUGUUCAUAAUUCUGGUAACACCAAAACUAUGUCAAGAAUUCUGUCAUGUCAGUGGGUUUAAGAGAAUGGUAGCACUCUGAAUUUAUAUAAAUCAUUGUAUGGAAAAAAAUAACCUCCCAGUAUUAAUGAUAAGGCAAUGUUGCUGCCAACCUAUUUGUUUUCUGUCAAUUGUAUGACUUUGGAUGAAUCAACUUUUCAAAGAAACCAGUUCCUUUUUAGAAACCUACUGUAAAGUUAUCCUAGAUUUUUAUAUGAAUAUUUGAAUUCAGCCGCUCCUUCAACCUAAACAGAAGACAAACAGAAAACAGAAUCUACCUCAUAAGCUCUCAUCAGAUUCCCUAAAGAAUCAUAUGUGUUGAUGAUCAAUUUUUUUUGUUGUUGUGAGAAGUGAAAACAUUGCAAUGAGGAAAGUAGAGGCUAUAUUUGAAUGUAUAGUUUAAACUUGUUUUUUUAUCAUUGAAAUUGUAUGUAUUCCAUGUUCUUUGUACAUACUUCCCGAAGGCAUUGAAUGAAAAGAGUCAGAAAACACAUACACCAGUAUUUCCAAAAAACAAAAUGUUGUGGCAACAUCCCUUAGCCAAUAAAGGAAGUCCUGUUAGUUUUUCAUAAAAUGUUGUCAUUCCAUUAUUGGUGUGUGUAUUGUAAAUGGGAAGGAAAAGGGGUAGGUAUAGUUGUCAGUUGUACAACUGAAUGAAUUCAACCAAAAUGUGUCUUCCGCAUUUAACCCAACCUCUCUGAAAUGGUAGAGAAAAUGUCAGUUUGCCUGGAACUGGUUUUGGUUGCACUUUCAAUAAGCAUUCUGGAUACCAUUUGGAAUGGAAUAGAACAAAUGUGUCACUUCAUUAAGAAAUGUGUAAUGCUACACAAAUUAUUUUAUUAAAUGUUUAUAUUAGAAUGUUUCAUAUACCUUGUCAAAAGGAGGAUUUAUGAAAAUAAAAAAUAUAGUGCA